UCAGGGGGCGGGGCGGGCCGGUCAUCACUCGUCGUCAUCACUCGAUGCAUUCAGAUUUUGAGAACAUUUUUGGUAGCUCACUUUGUGGAUAUCUGGAGGCACUUACUGCCUGACAUCUGCACGAUAUAGAAGCAUGGAUGUAGUGGAAGACCUGAAGGAGAUAAGUAAGCUGUAUUUGAAUGAUGUGUACGUGCUCAUCAACCAGCAAUGCAGUGGCCACAAGGCCUGGGAGCUCAUCCUGGGUACCUUCUUAGCCACGCUGGCCUUGGGAUGGCUGUGGCAGGAACUCUUCCUUCAUGAAUUGAGUUUGUUUCAGAGAUCCAAACUGUUCUUCUUUCGAGUGGUUCGUAGCCUUCCUGUUAUUGGUCGAAAGAUACAGGAAGAAUUAGAUAAGACGAAAGCCAGCAUAGCUAAGGACUUGUUCCCCCUACCACCAGGGUAUGUCUACAAUACACAUUUACCAGACAAGGGAAUGACCUAUGAGGCAGUGUUCGACCUUGCACAAAGCAAAUAUAAAAGCAUGGAGAAAAUUGACUGGCAAGGGGGCCGACUAUCUGGAGGUGUAUACAAUUGCGGAGAGGGACAUGACAAGCUAAUGGCAAAGAUAUAUGGUUUGUUUGUUGGUGAUAACCUCCUCUACCCAGAUGUGUUUCCAGGGACACGUAAGAUGGAGGCUGAGGUAGUGGCUAUGUGCUGUGAUUUCUUUCAUGGUGGGCCUGACACCUGUGGGACAAUGACAUCAGGCGGGACGGAGAGUAUCCUAAUGGCUUGCAAAGCAUACCGAGAACGAGCUUAUAAACAGGGGAUCAAGACACCAGAAAUCCUAGUCGCCUGCAGUGCCCAUGCUGCUUUUGCAAAGGCAGCCAAGUACUUCAAAAUGCGCUACACUGAAGUCCCUGUGGAUCCCCAGACCAAGCUGGUGAAUCUCAGGGCAUUGAGGAAAAAAAUCAACAAGAACACCUGUAUGCUUGUUGCCUCAGCCCCAUCCUUCCCCUAUGGAGUCAUCGAACAAGUGGAAGACAUUGGGCAGCUUGGGAAGAGGUUUAACAUCCCAGUUCACGUGGAUGCCUGCAUGGGUGGGUUCAUCAUCCCCUUUGCCAAGCGGGCGGGGUUGGAUCUGCCCUCAAUUGACUUUGCUGUGGAAGGAGUUACAAGCAUCUCAGCUGAUGCACACAAGUACGGUCUGGCACCCAAGGGCUCUUCCCUCAUUCUGUACAAGAACUCCAAAUACCGCAUGGGACAGUUUUAUGUCAACACGGACUGGUGUGGGGGAAUUUAUGCCUCACCAGCAGUUGGUGGCUCAAGGUCGGGUGCCAUCAUUGCAACGUGCUGGGCCACCAUGAUGGCUGUUGGUACAGAUGGUUACAUGGAUAAUGCUGUCAAAGUCAUCCAAACCAGAGAGUACAUUGAGAAACAUGUCCGUGACAUCCCAGGCUUGUGUGUCUACGGCAAACCUGAUGUCAACAUCCUGUCCAUCGGAUCACAGUGUUUUGACAUCUAUCGCUUAGGAUCAGCCCUCACGGCGCAGGGAUGGCACAUGUUUACCGUUCAGUACCCUUCAGGGGUGAACUUUGCGGUGACCAAGAUGCACACUGCUCCGGGCGUGGCAGACAUCUUCUUGAAAGACCUGAGGGACUGUACCGCAGAGAUCAUGAAGGACCCCAAGGCCAAGGCAGAAGGCAUAGCUGCUGUGUAUGGGAUGGCAGAGGGCUUACCAGACCGCUCCAUGGUGGAAGAGUUUGUGCAUGGCUACCUGGAAGCUUACUACAACACAACAAACUAACAAGGAGUCGUUUCCCUUAGGAGUUUUCCAAAUCUGGGCUUUAGUUUUCAUUAAAUCAACAAACAUGCAGUUGUUUUUCUGCCUCAGAAACAUAAAAUCUUCCAAUAUGGAGCCAAAGCCUUUCCAUUUGGUUUGGACUGUAAGUGACUACCAAGAAAACAAAAAAGUCCAAUUGUUGUUGUCCAAUUGUUGGUUAGAAUUACACAAUGUAGGUUUAGAUCACUUAAAAAAUACAGAUUUAUUCUAUCCAUUAUCGGGGACGGAUCCAGCUUUCAGGAAAUGGGAGGGGGUGUUGUGUUGUGCUAGGGUGUUGUCAACAUUCCGAGUUUCCAUUCUCAAUUUGAGGGGGAUGUCAUCUUGCAAUGAUGUUUUGUAUUGUAUUGUAAAUGUCUGUUUAUCAUCUGUGUAAUUCCUAUUUUGAUCAUUGAGUUUUUCUCACUGAAUGGAUCACCCAGGAUAAAUAAGAAAUCAAUCAAUCAAUCAAUCAAUAAAUUUACUUUUUCCAUGAUUUUUAGAUUUGGUAAUGAAGUUUGAUGUUGAUUUGCUAAAAAUGUCUUUACUUGUGUGCAAAGAGUGCCAUUUAGAACAAAACAGUGAAUGAGUGGGAGCCAAGAGUGAUAAAACUUCGUUAUAAAAAAAAACAACUUGAAGGCCAUGAAAAUGAUUUUUUCCCUACUUGUUUUCUAAAUUAAAUUUAAAUUUUGUUAAAGUAACUUAUGUCAAAGAAUUUUACACCAGUAAUAUGCAUUGGUUUUAAAACACUUUUUAAUUUGAAAAUUAUAUGAAAUGUAUAUGAAAUAUGAAGCGUAUAUUUUAUAAAUCAGAGAGUGAAAAAUAUUGUUUUAAAUGUAUAUUUCCUGAUGACUUUUUUCAGUAAUAUAUAGUUUUUUUUGCACUUCAACGGAAGGCAAAGUGAUAUAUUCUCGUAAUUUUUCUGAGAAUAUUAUGCAGAAACUAUUGUCUCAGUACUAAUGUUAGUAAAAAAAAAAUGCAAUAAAAAUCUGUCUUCGAAACCUUUGUCUA